AGCCUGGCUGUCUCUCCGGGAUCAACCAUGGCGCUCCGAGCGAGGACUCUGGUCACCUCCAAAUGGCUCGCAGAGGCUGCGGAGGUGCAUGGGAAAGUGCGCAUCUUGGACACGUCUUGGUAUUUGCCCAAACUGCGGCGCAACGCAGAGAGCGAGUUCAAAAAGAGGCACAUACCGGGUGCGGCUUUUUUUGACAUAGACCGGUGCUGUGAUAAAACCUCUCCCCUGGACCACAUGCUGCCGACGGAGAAGAGUUUCGCGGAUUAUGCGGGGAGUCUGGGAAUAGGGAGCGACACGCACGUCGUGGUGUACGACGCCAGCGAGUUCGGCGCGUUCUCGGCGCCCCGUGUGUGGUGGAUGUUCCGGGUGUUCGGGCACAGCGCGGUCUCGCUGCUCAACGGGGGGCUCAGGAACUGGGAGCUGGAGGGUCGGCCCGUGAGUGACAAGUCGGUCAGACCGGCACCGACCGAGUUCAAGGCCUCUCUGAACCGCUCCUGGGUCAAGACCUACGAGGAUAUCCUGGAUAACCUGGACACCAAGGGGUUCCAGGUGGUCGACGCCAGGCCGGCAGGCAGGUUCAGAGGAGUGGACCCCGAACCCAGAGACAACACAGAGCCCGGCCACAUCCCUGGCUCCAUCAACGUGCCCUUCCACUCCUUCCUGUCCCCGUCGGGUCACUUCCUGCCCAAGGAGCAACUCCGGGCCUUGUUCGCCCGGGCGGGGGUGGACCUCGGUUACCCUCUCUGUGUCUUAUGCGGCUCGGCCGUGACUGCGUGUCACGUGGCACUGGCGGCCCACGGCUGCGGACACCCGGGGGUGUCGGUGUACGACGGCGGUUGGUCAGAGUGGUACACCCGCGCCGCCCCCGAGCACGUAAUAUCUGAAGGACGAGGGAAAAGUUUGUGAUUGGUUUGGAAGUAAAAGGAGGUGUGUUUGAUGGUUUAAGACUGGACCAGACUUGGACUGAUUGACAAGAAAAGAAGAAUGAAGUUCUUAGUUUGUUGUUGGGGAAAGUGUGCUAAGGUUUAAAGGAAUAGUUUGAAUAGUUUUUGUGGGAAGUGCUUACUGCUUAUUUGCUUCCUUGCAAAGGUUAGAUUAGAAAAUUGAUACCGCUCUCGUGCCUGCUGGUUGACUUAGCUUAGCACAACGACGCGAAACAGCGGGAAGCAGCUAGCCUGGCUCUGUCUGAAGGCAAUGAAAUCCACCUACCGGGACCCCUGAAUUUUUCCUAAUUAACACGCUGUGUCUCGUUUGCUUACGCGCUGCACGCACAGAAAUGUGACAACGGCAGGUUUCGGUGGCUUGAUAUUUAGCUCACAGACGAGAGCGGUGUUGGUCUUUUCAUCUUCUGUAAUUCUCCGCAAGACGGGAAAAUAAGCAAAGUUCCCAAAAAAUGUCAAACUCCUACUUUAACAUUAAAAAAAAUAACAGGUAAUCUAAAGUAUAGAUCACUAAAGGGCGUUUUUUUUCCAAACACACAGUGUAAAUCAGCUGAAGAACCAACAAUGUGUGAACACUAAACUUGACUCAUUAAGCAGUUUUGAAACAGGAGAGGGUCUUUUUAUAGCAGCAAUGCUUAUGUCUGAAAUACAGUAUAUUUAGAAUGCUUUUUAGAUACACACGCACACAAAAGGGCACGCAAACACACACGCAAACACACACUGCCUCAAGAGUGUCUCAUUUCCUUUCAAUGUAUCCACUAGUGAAAGAAAAUGAUUCGCAUCCAAUAAAUAAAUACACUGGAACUAACUGUCAGUGAUGUUUUGUCAUUUU